AUAUACCCGAGAUGAUCCUCGCAUAUAUAUAACAGUUUCUUACUUACCGUGCAGGUGAACACCCGUCCGACCAAGAGCGGAGAGACACAACCACGUGUGUUCGCCUAUCGCUUCAGAUAUGGCGUCAGGAUUAAAGAAGAUUCCUUGCGCCUUGCUCGCAGCAACGGUAUUCACGGGAUUGAUCGCUUCGACGACGGCCACUUUUGGAAAAGAACACGUUCACAUAAAGAUCCAUCUGCCCGAAAUAGUGCAGGAUGUUCAUCACGAGAAGAAGAUAAUCAAGCACAUUGAGGACCAUGGCCACGGUCAUGGUCACGGUGGAGGCGGAGGCGGAGGCGGAGGUGGAGGUUACGGAGGUGGUGGUGACCACAUCGAGCACAUCGAAAUAACAAGCCCAGGAAUCGGGGGUGGAGGUUUCGGCGGCUACGGAGGAGGCGGUGGCGGUGGAGGUCACGGAGGUCACGGAGGUCACGGAGGAGACAUCGGAAGCUUUGGAGGAGGUUUCGGCGGGGGAUUCGGAGGAGGCGGACACGGCGGUGGUGACUUUGGUGGAUUCGGAGGUGGUGGCCAUGGCCAUGGCCAUGGUGGAGGCGGAGACGGAGGACACGGAGGUGGGGACAGUUACAGCGUCGUGACAAGCUACAGCAGUGGCGGAGGAGGAGGAGGACAUGGAGGCGGUGGAGGAUUCGGUGGCGACUUUGGAGGCCAUGGAGGCGGUGGAGGAUUCGGUGGUGACUUCGGAGGCCACGGAGGAGGAGAUUUCAGCAGCUACGGCGGAGGUGGCGGUGACUUCGGAGGCCAUGGAGGAGGAGAUUAUGGUGGCCACGGCGGAGGCGGUGGUGACUUCGGAGGCCACGGUGGAGGCGGCGACUUCGGAGGCGGUCACGGUCACGGAAUCGAAAUCGGCUCAGGCUCCGGAUACGACCUGAGCAGCUUAAGUAGCGGCGGUCACGGCGGUGGCGGAUUCGGAGGCGGUGGCGGUGGCCACAGCCACAGCCACGGCCACGGCGGCGGUGGUGGUGGCGGCAGCUACAGCAGCGGAGGCGGCUUCGGCGGCGAUGAUCACGGCUCCAGUUACAGCUCUGGCAGCUUCUCGAGCGGAUUCGGCGGCAGCUCCUCCGGUCACGACAGCUACAGCAGCGGUGGAGGCGGAGGCGGAGGCGGAGGUGGCUUCUCCGGAUACCACUACAAAAAGUAGAAAGGUUCAUAUCGCUCUGUCCUUCCAAGAUUCCUUCCAGGAUCCGGACGGAGUCUGGAAAUUCUCCGGAACAUCGAAACAGCGUUCGAAAAUCCGUUGCCCGAUAUUUUCACCGCGAUAAAUUCAAAGCGAAUAU